GAAGAAACACUUGAAUUAUUUACACCAGUGGCGCAGACCCAACACAUACCUGUUGGAGACAUUCUCCCGUCUUUAGAAGAUAUUUUAAAGCCUUAUUAAUGCGGCUGUAGGUUGUUUAUUAGCUGUCAGGGGUGUUUGGAUGGAGGUUUGAAGAACGAAAGUUACUCUUUAGACGCCCAGAAUCUGCUUCUAAUAAGAGGAGAGACAUCAUGGACUCGUUCAGCACGAAGAGCCUGGCCCUGCAGGCCCAGAAGAAGCUCAUGAGCAAGAUGGCGACUAAGACGAUGGCCAACCUCUUCAUAGAUGACACCAGCAGCGAGGUACUGGAUGAGCUGUACCGGGUGACCAAAGAGUACACGCGCAACCGCAAGGAGGCGCAGAAGAUCAUCAAGAACCUCAUUAAGAUGGUGGUCAAGUUGGGCGUCCUAUACCGCAAUGGACAGUUCAACAAUGAGGAGCUUGCGUUGGUUGAGCGCUUCCAGAAGAAGGUGCACACGCUCGCGAUGACAGCCGUCAGCUUCUACCAGAUCGACUUCACCUUCGACCGCCGCGUCAUGAGCAACCUGCUCAACGAUUGCCGUGAACUGCUGCACCAGGCCAUCCACCGGCACCUGACGGCGAAAUCUCACAACCGUAUCAACCACGUCUUCAAUCAUUUCUCCGACUGUGAGUUUCUCGUGACGCUGUAUGGAUCUUCGGCAGUGUACCGCGGCCACUUGCAGAAGAUCUGUGAAGGAGUCAAUAAGAUGCUGGAUGAUGGCAAUCUUUGACCACUACCUGUGGUCUUUUUCUUUAUGCUAAACUUAUUUGAACAUGUCUUUGUUUGUUUUACAUGGAGCUUAAGCUCAGGAGACGUCGUGCCUUAUUUGUUCAUUGGACACUAAGUCUUGAACGAAGUCUUAAAACGUGGGUUAGAGGUGGUUUACAGCACCAGUGCAAAUCUGCUCCUGUUUGUCCAAAGGUAAUUUGGGAGCACAGAUUAAGAUCCACCAUCAGAGGAAAUGAAGGACCAUUUGCAAACCUUUUUGAUGCUGAGAGGACAUUUCAAGCACUUGCGAAUGCGAAAUGCACUGGGGGAUACGUAUGAAACGUUUCAUCUCUGAUUUUAGGAAAUGAGCCUGCAGCAUCACCCUCUCGCUUCCCAAAAAUAGACACGUUAAAUCCGCAACCCAAAAUGACUGUUUUUGGUCAUGUCUGAAGUGAUUCAUCUGGAGGCUGAUACUGAAAUAUGUGUAAACCAUCACCCCUGUGAUUUCUAAACUUGGUCAUAUAGUGGUUUACGCUCAUUUUGUUUGUUUUUCCUCUUCAUAUCGCCCCCUGCUGAUGGGAGGUCUUUACCAAGAUGCAGUUCCUCAUCGAGGAAUGAAGAAUGUGCUCGAAUGUCACUGUACUACCUUUCAACAUGUUUAUUUACUGUUUUAAUGAAGGUUUUAUAUGUUUAAAUCCACAACUGAGCCGUUUUCUCCAUGAUACUUGUUUGAACAAAGAAUUCAACGACCAUAAGUCUUGAUGUCCUAUUUCUGCCAUCAGUUUGUUUUAGCUCCAGCUGUUUUGAUUGAUUAUUUUGUGUAUUUUAGUGGGUGAGGAUGUCGAUUAACACCGAUACAUUGUUAAAGCUACCCAGAAAUGUGCAAGCAGAAAUGCUAUUAGUAGAAGUCUAUGAGGCAGCUGUAUACUUGUCCCAUAGACUUACAUUGUAAUUGCUAAUCUGCCCACAUUUUUUUUAUUCGUAUGUAUACUUGAUUUUAACCUUGAAUGUUUUAAACUUGUCUUUUUACAAAAUGACAAACUGAAAGAAUCACAAAGUUUGAGUUAUUUGGAUCUUUCUGGGAUACCUAAGGGCCUAUAUAAAGCUCUUAGUUAACUUUU